AUGAUGAUGAUGAUGAUGAUGAUGAUGAUGAUGAUGAUGAUGAUGAUCGAUGAUGAUGAUGAUGAUGAUGAUGAUGAUGAUGAUGAUGAUGAUGAUGAUGCUGAGGAUGAUGAUGGUGAGGAUGAUGAUGAUGAUGGUGGUGUUGAUUAUAUUUAUGAUAAUACUGAGGUUGAUGAUGAUGAUGAUGAUGAUGAUGAUGAUGAUGAUGCUGACGGUGACACCGGUAUUACGCGUCUGGUUAUGGAGAACGCAAUCGUCUACAAUGAUGAUGAUGAAGAAAAAGACGUUGAUGAUGAAGACGAAGAUGAUUAUGAUAAGGAGGGAAGGAAGAGGAAAAGAUAA